GCUAGAAAGAACCCUUUAUAACAUACUUUGCGAAUCUCAAGUAAAAUCUCUCAUGAAAGAGCGCGUGAACAACCAGGAACAACCAGGAAGUAAUGAAGGAGUACAAUACUCGCAGCGGAAUUGAACCAUUUUUUGGUAGACCCAUUCUGUCACCAACGCCAACUGGCGAAGCUGGGCCGUCCAGUAUUUUACCUGGCAAUAAAAAAUUAAACUGCCCAAUAUGUAUGACAGCAGCAGACAAACAUACAAAAACCAGAUUCGUAUGCAUUAAUUGUAAGCAUCCUGUAUGUCUAGAACAUUCCGAACAGUUUCAAAAAUGCUUUAGCUGUAUCCCACCAAAACAAGCAAAAAUAUUCAUGCCUAUUACGGUAUCCGACGGAUGCCAUCCGCACGGAUCUAAUCAGAUUCGCACUGUCGGAAUAAGCGAGUGCGAAAGAUUAGAUUCGUGCGAAUGGUAUCUGUCGGACCGGAAUAGGUCUGUUUCCGAGGGAUCCCAUUCUCAUGAAUCUAAUCCUUCUCAUUCGCUUGUUAUGGCAGUGUGAAUCGAGUUAGAUCCGUGCGGAAGGCAUCCGUCGGAUACCGUAAU